AUGCUUGAAAUUCAACCAUAUCGUUUAAUUGGUCAAUCCUUACAACAUGCAGUUCAAUAUUUAAUUGAUACAAAUAAAUCAUUAUAUUUUCAUCAUAUAUAUUCAUCUGAAACACCUAAUACAAUUACUCUUUCACUUCGACCAACAUUAACAGCUAAACGUCUUCUUCUUAAACGCCAAAUAUCAUUAAUUGAUUAUUUAAUAAUUGAAAUUCUUCAUCACUAUUUUUAUGAUUCAUUAUCAAAAACACGUUCAUCAAUAAUUUCAUCAAAACCAGCACUUAUUGAUUCUGUUUGGCAACAUAUUUUAACAUAUUUUAUUCUUAAUGAAUGUUCACCAUUAGUACUUUUAACAACAACAAGAACAACAACAACAAGUUCAUCUAUAUUAUCAUUAAUUAAAGAUUUUAAUUUUUGGUCUGAUGAACAAGCAUAUACAACAUUACAACGUUUUAUUAAAAUUAGUACUCAGUGUGCUAAUCAUGGACCAGAAUCAAGAGACUAUGCACAUGCAAAUGAAUAUUUAAUUUCUGUACUUCAAAAAAUGGCUAUAACAGGUGUUUUAUUUUCAAUUUGA